AUGAUGCACUCGUUCUUCAUCUGCUCGACGACAAUCGUGUUCUGCGUUUACGCGUCGUAUGAUGAACGUCGGCUUUAUGAGGAUCUACUGCGUGGCUACAACAAUCUUGAAAGGCCUGUCGCCAAUCAUUCGAAACCUGUUACCGUCUACCUCAAAGUAUCUCUUCAACAAAUCAUCGAUGUUGACGAAAAGAAUCAGGUCGUUUACGUGAACGCAUGGCUGGACUAUUCAAAACUUCUGCCCAAACGCUUUGACAGUCGUAACAUUGCGCUGGGACUACAGCCGUCACCUAAGAAUUACUUUCUUUCCAGUGUUGACACCAACUUUGACUCGACAUAUCCUACGAACAUGGUAGUCUAUAACACUGGUGAUGUUCAUUGGGUGCCUCCGGGAAUUUUCAAGAUCUCAUGCAAAAUCGACAUCGAGUGGUUUCCCUUUGAUGAGCAGCGUUGCAAGUUCAAGAAUUCAUCAACCAUCGGAUUUUUGCAGUUUGGAUCGUGGACAUACGACGGAUUCAAAUUGGAUUUGCAGCCGGCCAAAAAAGGAUUCGACAUUUCCGAGUACCUUCCCAAUGGAGAGUGGGCGUUGCCGUUGACUACUGUAUCCAGAAAUGAGAAGUUCUAUGACUGUUGUCCAGAGCCGUAUCCGGAUUUAACGUUCUACAUUCACAUGCGGAGACGAACACUGUAUUACGGAUUCAAUCUCAUAAUGCCAUGUAUACUUACUACGCUUAUGACUCUACUGGGUUUCACACUACCUCCAGACGCGGGAGAAAAAAUAACAUUGCAGAUCACCGUGUUACUCUCAAUUUGUUUCUUUCUCAGUAUAGUCUCGGAAAUGUCGCCUCCAACGUCAGAAGCUGUUCCUCUACUGGGUAUUUUCUUCACUUGCUGCAUGAUCGUGGUCACUGCGUCUACCGUAUUCACGGUCUACGUGCUUAAUCUUCACUACAGAACUCCGGAGACGCACGAAAUGAGCUCACUGAUGCGGGCUGUUGUGUUAUAUUGGCUACCAUGGCUGUUGCGAAUGAAACGACCGGGAGUAAAACUUACAUAUGCAACUCUCCCAUCACUGGUUGCAUUUAAGCUUAAAAGUCAGUCUGAGUCACUUAUUAGAAAUAUCAAGGAGAAUGAGUCUAGCGCUUCCAGGUGA